AUGACCUUAUUGAUUUUACUAUUAAUCUCCUUGACAACGAUUGGAAAUAUUUGUUGCGAAAAAUUAAAUACAAAUGUCAACCUCAAUAAUAAACAAGAAUAUUGUUCAAAGAAAGAUGAUGGCAAUUCACAAUGUGAAAGCCAGAUUUCCGAUCAACCAUCAUCAUUAUCAUCAUCUAAACUUGAUAUAUUAAACAUGGCUGGUGCUUCUGAACGUACAUUUAUCAUGAUUAAGCCCGAUGGUGUCCAACGUGGAGUUGUUGGUGAUAUUAUUCGCCGAUUUGAACAACGUGGCUAUAAACUUGUUGCACUUAAAAUGCUCCAACCACCAAAAGCUUUGCUUGAAAGUCAUUAUGAAGAACACAAAGGCAAGAAAUUUUAUGAACCACUUUUGGAAUAUAUUGGCAGUGGACCUGUUGUUGCUACAGUUUGGGAAGGCGUAAAUGUUAUCACAGUUGGUCGUAAAAUGCUUGGUGCUACUGAUCCAGCGAAAUCGGAACCUGGUACUAUUCGUGGUGAUUUCGGUAUCGUUACAGGACGUAAUAUUGUUCAUGGUAGUGAUUCAGAAAGUGCUGCUAAACGUGAAAUCGGUUUAUGGUUUCGACCAGAAGAAGUUUCCGAUUGGAAACAUACAGCUGAAAAAUGGAUCUAUGAAUAA